UUGAAAGAAGUAGCAAGUGGCGAGCAUUCGGCUUUAUAUAAAUAGUUUCUCAAAGGUACCAAUAAUGGAAUGGAUACGGCGAAAUAUUAUGUGUUCAAGCGGAGGAGAAUUUAUUGAACUUGGGAAUCUAAGAUGUGAACCAACAGUGCAACAGAUGAAAGAAAUGCUAUGGAAAAAGGAUAGUGAUGGAAAUUUUAUUGAUUUUGGCGAUUUCGAGAUAAAUGCACAGCAAAAAGUGGAACUUGAUAGCAAAUAUGGAGCAUGUAAUCCGGACAUGGGUGGCAAAAAUAAUGAAAAAUCAAUAAAAUUAAGAAAGAAAGGAAACACGCUUGUUUGCCCCCUCAAAGCAUUGGACUGUUACAAUCAUAGUUUAAGACUCGCAGAAAAUGAAUCAAAACAUGUUGCUUUGGCGUAUUCAAAUAGAGCAGCAUGUUUUUAUGAAAUGGGAUUUUACGAUGAAGCAUCAGAGGAUAUCAGUCGAGUAAGAGAAGCGCAGUUGCCAGAACAUUUACAGACAAAACUUAAAUUACUUAGUUCAGAUGUUAAGGUUGGCCAAUCUAAACAUGCACCAUUUGAACCAAAACCACAUAAAAAUAGAAUGAAUUUGAGUUAUGUACAAAAUAAAAACUAUCCAUGUUUGGCCGAUGUGGUAAAAAUCAAGGAGAGCGAGAAAUAUGGUCGAUAUUUACGUUCAAAGUAUAAAUUGAAAGCUAAUGACAUGAUUUUGAUUGAAAAAGACUACUUAAGAACAGUUGAUGAUUUAAAUGGUGGAAUUCGCACAUGCACCACUUGCUUCGCAGAAGAUAAAAAUUUCAUUGCUUGUCCACAAUGUACCGAUGCAAUGUUUUGCGACGAAAAUUGCCGUAGAGAGAGCCCAAUACAUAGCUGGGAAUGUAAUACUUUCAUAACAACCAUUGAAUUUGAUUUAAAAUUACCCAUUCAUUCGGUUUUAAUGGCUUUUGAUUUAUUCACAUGCAAUGACAAAAUAGAUACGAAAGCACUCAUAAACCACGUUAAACAAAUGUUAAAGACUAUGGAUAAACUCCCAGAAUCAACUCAUGACUCAACAUCGAAAUAUGAGUUCUUCUUCAAAAUGUCAAAGUGCACAGUGAGUGAAAAACUAAUAAGCUAUAAAUUAAAAUCCCAUGAAGCAGUUUAUGUAAUUGAAAAACUUCUAUUGAAAAUACCGAAAAUUGCUGAGGCUUUUCAAAAUAGAAGAGAUCGUGUUUUUCUAAUGCAUUUGAUACUUCAUCAUUGUCUCAUUAUCAAGACCAAUGGUUUUGGUAGCGCACAUUCUUCGAAGUUGGGCCUCGUUCAGUCACUGUUCAAUCAUUCCUGUCAAUUUAAUACUGCACACAUAUCAAUUCAAAAUGAGAGUUUUUAUUGGAUAAAGAAAAAGGUGAAAAGAAAUGAUCAGCUUUACAUCAGUUAUGUCAAUGUUAAUCUACCAACUGAGCUUCGCAAAAGAAGACUUGAAACUUGGGGUUUUGUUUGUUCAUGUAAUUUAUGCGCACCAAAUUCGCAGAAUAAGUGUCUAAAAAAAAUUAAUGCCAUUCUCUAUCGCUUUGAUGAUGACGAUGAUAAUGAUGAUUACAAUAACGUUGAAUGAAAUGUUCAUUGUUCUUAUACAGUUUUUAAUCGUUUAUUUAUAUAAAAUUUUGUAACGUUGACAUGAAAUAGAAGCGAUUUAAUUAAGUGAA